ACUGGUGGGCAGCACUGGUGGGUGGGCACAGGUGGGUGGCACUGGUGGGCACAAGUGGGUGGCACUGGUGGGCACAGGUGGGUGGCACUGCUGGGCACAGGUAGGUGGCACUUCUGGGCACAGGUGUGUGACACUGUAGAGUGGCACAGGAGGGUGCACUGCUGGGCACAGGUGGGUGCACUGCUGGGCACAGGUGGGUGAUCUGCUGGGCACAGGUGGGCGGAGCUAGUGGGCGCACUGCUGGGCACAGGUGGGCGGAACUUGCGGGUGGCACUGCUGGGCACCGAUCAUCAGGGCACUGAUCAUCAGUGCCCUGAUGAUCGCGUGUCAUUGGACACCGCUGAUCAGGUGGUA